GCUGCGCGCGCGGCCCGGGAUUUUUACCGCAAUGCAUCAGUCCGAGCGUCACCGGGAACCACACAACGCACCGGACGCGCGAGCGAGCCGCUCAGGAUGGCGUUAAAACACGACACAUCUCCGCUUCCCGAUCGCACGCGUCAGGCUGAUGCUUGAGGAUUCAGUCACGGAGGCGAGUGACCGACGCGCUUUAUCUGAACAUAUGAGUGAACGUGAACGCGGAGCGCGCUUCAUUUACAUAUUCAUUCGUGUCAGAGAUGCACAGAUGAUCUCAACUGAUCUCAGGUCUGAAGAUUUCUGAUGAUUGUCUGAGCGCCGAUUUGGUUUCAAAGACUCAAAGCAAUAAGACUGUGAGUGAGAGCUGCAGCAGAGCCAAAGAACCGGGGCCCUUCGCUGAAUCAGGAGCCGCUGGCCUCGUUUUGCACACCAAACAUCUUUCUAAGCAAAAAAACAGAACCCUCAGAUGCUGCUGGUCUAGUCGUCUGGGUUGAUCACAUGAUGCUUCUGAGCCUCUCCUGAGCGGGACAUGAAGAUCCGGCGCUGUGGACACUAGACACAAAUACACACUCCUGCGAUGAUGAUGAUGAUGAUGAUGAAGAUGAAGAUGGCGGACGUGAGUGUGAGACGUCUGCUGCUCCUGUGUGUGUUCUGCGCGCUGUCCGUGUCUCUGUGCAGCGGCGCGUGUGCCGAGGUGGAUUCGGACACCGAGGCCGUGGCGGGACAGAGCUUCAAGCUGGGAUGCAUUUCCUGUAAGAAGCGAGGGGAGGUGGAGGCCACGGCCACCGUCGACUGGAUGUUCAGGGCGCGAGGAGAGGCCGAGUUCGCGCACAUUUACAGCUACGACGGCGAGGUGGCCAGCAUCAUCGACGAGCGCUUUCUGGAUCGCGUGGAGUGGCACGGCAGCAAGAACACCUUGGACCUUCAGGACGCGUCCGUGGACCUCCUUAACGUCACCUUCAACGACUCCGGCGUCUACCGCUGCGUCUUCAACCGGGUCCUCACCUACGGGCACUACGACCACACCGACAUCGCCAGUAAAGAGGUUCACCUCACCGUGGUGGCCAAAGCCACGCGCGGGACGGCGUCCAUCGUGUCGGAGGUGAUGAUGUACGUGUCCAUCAUCGGUCUGCAGCUCUGGCUGUUGGUGGAGAUGAUCUACUGCUACAGGAAGAUCGCGGCCGCCGGAGAGGAAGCGCUCAGAGCCAGCGCCGCGGAGUAUCUGGCGAUCGCGUCCGAGAGCAAAGACAACUGCGCGGGCGUGCAGGUAGCGGAAUAGCACAGGUUUUCCAGGACGCUCUUUCCGAAACCUCUUCCUUCUGAACUGCUGUCACUGUCUCCUCCUCCUCCUCCUCUUCCUCCUCCUAUUUUUAUAAGCUUUUCUUACCUGUUGACCCGAUCUCCUCCGCAUGUCCUUCUUGCUAUGCAUGGAUAAACCGUCACGGUGGAGCGCAGCGCUCCGUAGAAACGCAAUACGCUGAUUUUGCACUAGAGAUCAGUAAAGAGCGAGCCGUCUUUGUUGAUCUCGCCACAUAUGGAGGUCGUACAGUAUCUAUAUCUAUAUCCUACACAUAGCGUAAGAGCAUCCGAAAGCCACACGCCAUGCAAUGCCGCGGUUGCAUGAGCUAAACGUGAAUGUGAAUGCAAAUGCGAUUUCUAUACGUUUGUACGGCGGGAGGAAACUCAUCCUAGACACUUCGAACAAAGUCCUCUUAGUCGUAUAAUCCAAGUGCAAUACGAGAAUCGAACUCUAGCUCUUGAAUGUAGCAGGCGCUCGCAGAAUGUUCCUCAUGCAUUGUGGGUAAGCGCAUUAAGACACCCGAUAGCUCGUCCCCGUCCCGCCGUGUGCCGUUUUAAUGCAUGCCCACACUGCAGACCGUCCGUGCCAGGAUCCAGGAACAAACCUACUCGCCCCAGAUAGGCCCUUUUUCUGUCAGAUGCGCGUGAUAUAAUGUGAUGAUGGUGAUGAUCUGUGGGAAACGCAGAAGUGAAUGCUGGGAAACGCGGGGCUGGUGGGCGGAAGUGCCGAGAACGCGAGAGAGAGAGAGAGAAAUGUGCAAAUUAAAUGAGUUCAAAUGA